CACAACAGAACAGAGAUGAUCGAUCCCAGCUGUGGAGGUUCUACGGAAGGUCUGCGUGCUGGACAUCCUGGGAACGAGACUAAAGGUCUGCGUCCUGGACAUCCUGGGAACGAGAGUAAAGGUCUGCGUCCUGACCAUCCUGGGAACGAGAGUAAAGGUCUGCGUCCUGACCAUCCUGGGAACGAGAGUAAAGGUCUGCGUCCUGACCAUCCUGGGAACGAGAGUAAAGGUCUGCAUUCCAACCAUUCUGGGAACGAGCUGCGUCGUGGAUAUCCUGGGAAGGAGACCAGCAGCAGGGUGGGCCAGACAGCAGACGCGGGCCGGCAGCGGGACUGGGAAGAACCAGCUUCAUGCCAGGAAACGUUUCAUGGGAAGGUCAAGAAAACUGGCUCGUCAUCACAGCUAGAACAGACAGAAAGUUACAAUACUGAGAAACCCUACAUGUGUGGGGUGUGUGGAACUUUUGAUGUGAAGAUUGAGAAGACUGAUUCCUUGUUCCCAUGUAUAGAGGAGGAAGCUCCACUUCAAAACAGGACAACAAACAUGGGCGGACAGCGGGACAGGGGAGGGCGAGACUUGUGCCAGGAAACGUUUUAUUGGGAGGUGAAGAAAACUGGCUCGUCAUCACAGCUAGAACGGGAAGAAAGUCGCAAUACUCAAAAUCCCUACAUGUGUGGGCCAUGUGGGUACAGGACAACUCAGAAGUCAGACCUAUCUGAACAUGUGAAUACUCAUAAUCUCUUCAAGUGUGACCAGUGUGACUUUUCUGCUGCAGAUAGAUACACUUUUAUCAGACAUCUAAGAAAGCACAGUGGUGAGAAACCCUACAUGUGUGGGGAGUGUGGGUACAGGACAGAACACAAGUCAGGCUUAUCCAUACAUAUGAGAACUCAUACAGGAGAAAGGCCCUACAAGUGUGACCUGUGCAACUAUUCUGCUGUACAGAAAGCCAAUUUAGACCAACAUCUAGCUGCAAAACACACCGGUGAGAAACCCUACAGAUGUGACCAGUGUGACUAUUCUGCUUCACGUAAGUACAGUUUAGACAUUCAUCUAGCAAAACACACAGGGGAUAAACCCUACAAGUGUGACCGGUGUGACUAUUCUGCAGCACGGAAAUCUCUUUUGGACAAUCAUCUAUUGAAACACAGCGGUGAGAAGCCCUACAUGUGUGGGGAGUGUGGGUACAGGACAGCUCGCAAGUUUCACUUAUCCCUUCAUAUGAGAAUUCACACAGGAGAAAAACCCUAUAAGUGUGACCAGUGUGACUAUUCCGCUGCACAGAAAUGUGAUUUGGACAAACAUCUAGUAAAACACAGUGGUGAGAAACCCUACAUGUGUGGGGAGUGUGGAUACAGGGCAGCUCUAAGGUCUAGCUUAUCCCGGCAUAUGAGAACUCAUACCUGAGAAAAACCCUACAAGUAUG